GUCUAUGCCACGAUGUAGGCCAUCCAGGUCGUAAUAAUGCAUUUUUUUCUAAUGCAUUAGAUCCAUUAGCUCUUCUGUAUAAUGACAGAGCUGUCUUAGAGAAUUAUCAUUCUUGUCUUACAUUCAAAACUCUUGAGAAACCUGAUUGUGAUCUAUUUGCUGCACUUAGAACCAGGGAGUAUUUAAUUGUAAGAUCGCAAAUAAUAGAAUUAAUUCUCGCUACAGACAUGAAGGGACACUUCGAGACUGUCUCUAGAUUUAGGGUACGGCGAAGUGCACCAGAUUUUGAUUUAUAUAGCGAAGAAGAUUUUUGGUUUUUAGCAAAAAUGAUUAUAAAGGCGGCAGAUAUUUCGCAUUGUGGUGUUGAAUGGGGAGAACACUUUGAAUGGUGUCAGAGGGUACUUAAUGAAUUCUAUAAUCAGGGAGAUGAGGAGCGUCUGCGUUCUUUGCCUAUUUCUCCUCUUUGCGACCGUGAUAAACAUGCAGAUGCUCCUAAAAGCCAAAUGGGUUUUAUUAAUUUUGUUGCUAAACCUCUUUUUGACGAACUUGCAGCAGUAGAUAUAGGGGGAGCUGUAGAAGCAGCAGCAGCAGCAGCAGUGGCAGUGGUUUGCCUCCUGUGGCAGCUGCUGCAGUUGCUGCAGCAGCAGCACGCGUACAGCUCAGUGCAGCAGCACCUCAUGGCAGCAAACUACAAAUAUUAA